AUGGGGGCAGCAACUAUCCGUGCUCUACCCAACCGGGCCGCCCGGGCAGUCAACCUCCUCCGCACAGUCCAAUUCAGCCACCCGCCCUCCUGCCCCUGCCACUCCAACCCCAACCACCACCACCACGCCGCCACCGCGCCCUCCGCCCUGACCACCGUCUCCCGCUUCGCGGACCGCACCUCAUCCCUCCACGGCAACAUCACCCGAGGAAGCAGCCGCGGCUAUGCCACUCCCCGUGACCCGGCGCAGCAGAAGGAGUACGCCUUCGAGAUGGCCGCGUCGUCCAUCCGCUUCGGCCCCGGCGUCACCCGCGAGGUCGGCAUGGACCUGGCCAACAUGGGUGCGAAGCGGGUCGCUGUGGUGACAGAUCCGACCGUGGACCGUCUUGAGGCUAUGCGCCAGGUGCGCGAGGCGCUGGAUGCCGAGGGGAUCGAGUAUCGGGUUUAUGCGAAGGUGGUGGUGGAGCCGAAGGAUUAUUCUGUCAAGGAGGCCAUCGAAUGGACCAAGCCGUACGCGCCGGACGCCUUCCUCGCCGUCGGCGGCGGCUCCGUCAUGGACACCGCCAAGCUGAUGAACCUGUACUCCUGCUACCCGGACGCGGACUUCCUGGACUUUGUCAACGCGCCCCUCGGCAAGGGGCGGCCCAUCGACCGCAAACUCAAACCGCUCAUCGCGGUCCCCACCACAGCCGGCACCGGCAGCGAGACGACCGGCACAGCCAUCUUCGACCUGGCCUCGCGGCGGGCCAAGACGGGCGUCGCGCACCGCAACCUCAAGCCCACCCUCGGCAUCUGCGACCCGCUCAACACGCGCACCAUGCCGGCCGCCGUGAAAGCCGCGUCCGGGCUCGACGUACUCUGUCACUCGCUCGAGAGCUGGACCGCCAUCCCCUUCCAGGAGCGCACCCCGCGCCCGGCCAACCCCAUCCUCCGCCCGGCCUACCAGGGCGCCAACCCCAUCAGCGAUAUCUUUUCGUUGAAUGCCCUGCGCCAGACGGUCAAGUACCUGCCGCGGUCGGUGCGGGAUCCCGAUGAUAUGGAGGCGCAGAGUGAGAUGCUGCUGGCGAGUACGCUCGCGGGGGUGGGGUUUGGGAAUGCCGGGGUGCAUUUGUGUCAUGGCAUGUCGUACCCCAUCUCGGGCCAAAACCCCGGCUACCGACACGCCGGGUACGAGAUUGACGUGCCCAUCAUCCCGCACGGCGUGUCGGUGGCCGUGUCGGCGCCGGCCGUGUUCCGCUUCACGGGGCCGUCGAACCCGGAGCGCCACCUCGCCGCCGCCGAGGCCUUUGGCGUCGACGUCAGCAGCGUCAAGAAGGAGAGCGCCGGCGAGGUGCUGGCCGAGGCCCUGACGAAGUUCUUGGCGGAUCUGGGCGACCAGCCCAAGGGGCUGAAGGAGUUGGGGUUUGGCCGUGAGCAUAUCGAGGAGUUGGUCGAGGGUACCAUACCCCAGGCUCGGGUGCUGAUGUUGGCGCCGGGGCUGGCAAAGGAGUUGGAGCAGGAGAGGGAUCAGUUGAGGAGGCUGUUUGAGGAUGCGUUGGAGCAUUGA